AUGCCACGCUUAACAACUAGAAAGAGAGGAUUGGCAGAAUCGCAAUCAAAGUCGAAGCAAUCGACACACAACUUGAAGCGAAGAAGGAUUUCGAAAGCAAAGUGUAAAUCAAAGACGAAACAAAAGAACAAAUCGAAGUCGAAGUCUAAAAUCACGCUAAAGUUAAAGUUGUCGCCAAAACACAAGAAAUCCUCCUAUUCAAAUAUCGAACCAUUAUCACCAGAAUUGUCCGAAGAUGAUGAAGGCCUGUUUGACGAGAACCAAGAAGAAUCGGAGUUGAGUGAUGUGACUUCAACUUCAGACUAUGAAGAAAGUGCAGAAUCUGGAAAAUUAAGGGGAAUCAAGAUCGAGGAAGAUGACAAACAGGGUAAGAAGAGAUGCUCAAGACGCGACUUUAGAUCUUGCUUCAAUAAUUUCUUCAAGCAAACGAACUGUGUUCCACAUCCAUCAUCUCUCAGAAUCGACGCAGACUCUGAAAUAAGACUUCAGAAACAAAGGCAGAUGAUUGAGCUUGGAAGAAAAAUGGAAGAAGAUGAGAACAGCGAUAAUCUUUCUGACUUGAGUGAUUGUCUAGAGAUUUAUGAUGAAUCUGACAAAUCAUUGGCCAUAAAACGCGGUGGAGCUUACACAAGAAAGAGUCAGAAAGAUCCGGAGCAGGUGAAAAAAACCUUGUCCGAAGUUCCAACUGGUUUGGAACCUGUGGAUCAUUUGAUAAGACUUGCUAAGGAAAUGGAUGAUACUGCAACCAGUACCGAUCUGUUUGAACUUGAGCGCGGUUCAAGAACAGAAGUAAAUGCAUCACUUGACAAGUCUCUUGCUGAUUACAGUUCAGAUGAUCUUUCACUGGAUAGUGGAAAUCAGCAGGAUGAGGAAACAUUCGAUUCUUCAUCUUUCAACAGAAACUCCAGCGAUUGUGAUCUCAUUUCUCCUACAUCUUCGUUCAAAUUAUUGGCAGAUGAGACAAGCCAACCAGAAUUUGCUUCAUGCUACCCACUGGAGUUACCCCAGUAUAACAAGCCUUCGAUGAUUCCAGAAACAUCUAUCAGGAUUUCCGAUUAUCUUAAGAUAGACGUGCCAUCGGAUGAUUCCUCAAUAAGUCUUGGACGCCGCCGUCACAACCUUGUUUUCCCAUAUAGAUACAACAGCGAUAAUCUCAACUUGGCAUGCCUGGAUAACGUUGAUGAACAGAUGUGUGAGCCUAGACAUGCCAGAGCUUUAAAUAAAAGAGCUUUGUUUUAUGGAAAUUCAGAGGCCAUGGUCAGUGACGGUAGACCGAUCACGUUAAAGGACUUUUUAAAUUGA